AUGAGAUCAUCGACUACCUUGAGCACGGAAAGGUGGCCGAAGACCCGAAGGCAUCAUGGGCACACCGCACCAAAGCAGCUCGUUACAGCUUUUGAAGGACAGUUAUACAAAAGGUCGUUCAAAGGCCCGUUUGCCCAAUGCAUAGGAGCCUCCGAGGCUAGUUACGUCAUGAGAGAGGUUCACGAAGGAAUUUGUGGAAAUCAUUCAGGUGCAGAUUCGUUGGUGUUAAAAUUAUAUCGAGCAGGAUACUACUGGCCCCGGAUGGAGCAAGACAUUAAGGCAAUCAUUCAGAAAUGCGACAAGUGUCAACACCAUGUGCCGUUAGAAGCAGCCAAGGGCAAGUGGCCCGAUGAGUUACUAGGAGUGUUUUGGGCAUACCGAACGACGACCAAGUCGAGCACGAGAGAUAAACCUUUCUCUCUCGUAUACGAUGCAGAAGCUCUGAUCCCAGUAGAAGUAGGCGAAUUGACCUUGCGAUACUUCCCGAAGGAUGAAGAAACAAACAAUGAAGCAUUGCUGGACAAAUUGGAGUUGCUUGAUGAAUGCAGGGACUUGGCAUACAUAAGGAUGGUGGACCAGAAACAAAGAAUAAAAAGGUACUAUAACUGA